UAUAUAUGUAAAUACUCAGUAAAACUGUAACAGUCAAAAUAUUUAUUAAUACUGUUUUAUAUUUUAAAAUUGUUAAUGAGACUAACACAUUUAUUUAUAACUUAAUAAAUUCUUUGAAACUGACAGUCAAGCCAGUAUGUUCCACCGUUUAUAUUAUUUGCUUAUUAUUUGCGGGUGUAACGGGCCGCAUUACGAAGGAUGUAUUCUGAACACCCGAAUCCAUUUUGGUGAACCCCUACCUGUCAUUAUAAGAAAUAAUCGGCUCCUGGAACCGAAUGACAAUGACGGUAACGUAAGACUUAAUUAUGGUGAAGAGCUGAUCUUGAGCUGUGAAGGAGUUGGAACCAUAAGCCAUCCGAGCGCCACGCAGCAGCUUCAGACAGCCUCAAUCACGUGUGCAGGAGGUGACAAUUUUAGGAAUGAUACCUGGCUUACAUUUCCAGCCACAUUCUUUCGAUUUAGAUGCUAUGGCCCGCCAGAGCAUUUGAGCGAACGGACCGAGCGCACGUGCUUCGAGGGAAACGAAAUCGUCGAAGUUGGCUACAGAAUUCAGAACCAAUUCUAUCCCGCUUACGAAACUUGUUUCGAUCACGCUAAAUUAAAUCCCAUUUACUCAAAAUACACUCAAAAGCCAUAUAACGCGUUGUACCAAACGAGAGUGGAUCGACCGUACUUUAAAGAUAACGGUCAUUAUAGACAUAUUCCAGUAGAAACUCUUUUCUCUCCAAGAAACCAAAGAGCCGCGGUUGCUAAAUUUGUCGGGUCGUUAGUUGAAACUUAUUUUACUGAGAGCCAACAUCUUUCGAGAGGCCACUUGGCUGCUAAAACAGAUUUUGUCUUCGCUUUUGGUGAGAGGUCAACAUUUCACUAUGUGAAUUGUGCCCCACAGUGGACGGGGUUUAACGGUGGUAACUGGAACACUUUGGAAGUAGAUCUCAGGAAUCAUGUACAUGACGCUGGAUACGAUACAAUAAUUUAUACAGGAACCUAUGAUGUGACAGAUCUUGCAAAUGAAUAUGGUGCGCGAGUGGAAAUUUAUCUUUACAAAGACUCUAACAAUAACCCAGUGAUACGAGUACCUCAGUAUUAUUACAAGGUCGUAUACGAGCCUGCUUCAAAGCGUGGAAUUGCAUUCGUUGGUAUUAACAACCCGUAUUAUACAUCAAAGGAUGCGCGGGACCUCUUCUUUUGUAAAGACAUUUGUAGAUCUGGAAACUUUCGCUGGCUAACGUGGCAUCCGGAUGAUCCUGCAGAAGGUUAUACAUUCUGUUGUACAGUAUCCGAUUUUCGAAGUACUAUUAGACACUUGCCAGAUUUCGAAGUGACUAGUAUAUUGCCGUAGUUUAUUAGGAAAAAUCCUCUAUGUAAAGUUGUUUUGAUCUUUUGUUUGCUAAAUAUAUUCUGGAAUAUUGACAAAAAAAAAAUAGUUUGAUUAACAGCUUUAAGGUUGAAUGUCCUCAGUGAAUAUAUUAUAAUAUUUUGUUAUCAUACCGGACAUGCCAUUACGACCCUUGUGUGACACAGUUAAACCUUAGUAUGAGAUAUUAUAUCUUAUCAACAUUCAUGAGUUCAAAAGUUGAAAAAAUAAUGUCAAAAUAAAAUGGACCCAAAUUUUCUUGAUUUAAAGUCAAAAGUUCAGUACCAUCGGUUUUAAUUUUGCAACGUUUCCACUUUGAGCGUUGGCUGUAGAUAUAUGGACAAACUUGAGCAUUAAAACAAGGCUAUUAAGGACCAUUUCAUUUUAGCGCUAGUGUUUCGA